CUUCUUUGGGUUCAUUAGUAAGCCCUAGUGGAAUGGCGCUUGCGAUUUCUUCCGGCCGCGGCAAGGCGAUCCAGCUCCAGCCGGUCUCGCACAUCGCGUUCGUGGUACGUGACGCUGCUGAUUCGGCCAAUGUGCUGCUUGUGCGAUCGAUCGCUGCUGCCGAUCUGGAGCCGGGCGACUCCGAAAUCUGGGACCUUCCCUGCUUCGAUCUGCCGAGGCUCGGCAAGCGGCAGCAGCUGAGAGGCAGCAUUGAUCAUCCACAGCUCGUUUGCAGCGUGGAGGCGGCUCUUCGAGAGGCUGGAGUGAGAAAUUUUGCCAUUGAGGAGGCUAUUGAGAAGGUGCAAGCGCUGGUGCCUACGCCUUUACAUUUUGUCAGCCUUUGGAAAAUUGUUAGAGAGCCAGAUUUUGGACCCAGGGCCCCGAUACAAACCGUGGUGUUGAUCGUGGAAGCACCACGAUAUGUGUCGUCCUUGGGUUCUUGUGAGUGGUUUGAUCCUCAGAGAGCGCUGGAGCUGCUUGUGAAUGAGACUCGUGAUGCCGAACGCGUCGGUGUUCUCGCUGCUAGUUUUUUCUAUCCCUUGUUUCCAAAGGGUACUUGCAGCGAUCUUAACUUGGAGUGUUUCUACCAGGAGUAUCCCCCAGGAGUGUUAGUCAUUCCUAUGCUGUCGCGAACUUUGAAGCCUUUUUGCAAAACUAACUUGGUCAUAAGCGCACCAACGAGUUCACGGUUUUUAGAUGCGGACGUGAACAUCAAUGAUAGUACAUUUACUGGACAGGCUUUGAUUGUAGAUCCUGGUUGCUCAGUUCCGACAUAUAACGAGCUGGUUGCAAUCGUUAGAUUAUUGCCCAAAAAGCUAUUUGUUUUUCUAACUCAUCACCACCUAGAUCACACUGAAGGUCUCCCCGCUGUUAAACGAGCCAACUCCGAGGCCAUUGUCAUAGCGCACGAGAAAACUCUCAAGAGAAUUGGUCCAGCUCUUUAUGGCAUCAAGUAUGUAUCAGUAACUGGUGGAACGAAGCUACUUAUCAGCGGACAACGUUUUGAGAUCAUUGCCGCUCCUGGCCACACGGAUGGACAUCUUUGUUUGUUUCACCUCGAAACUCGGACUCUUGUCGCUGGCGACCACUGUGUGGGUGAAGGAAGUUCCAUUGUUGAUGGCAACUCUGGAGGAAAUCUUCAUGACUACAUGAACACUAGCCAUCGCCUGUUGGAGCUCGCGCCUAAGGUAGUGGUGCCGAUGCACGGACGGCCCAAUCUCUUGCCUUUGCAGCUUCUCAAAGGAUACAUAAAGCAUCGACAAACCAGGGAAGCUACUAUCUUAAAGGCUAUCGAGGCCGGCGCAACGAGUGCGUUCGCCAUAGUUUCUAGUGCGUACAAGCAGACAAACAUAUUGCUCUGGCCAGCAGCGUUGAUCAACGUAAAGGUUCACGUCGACCACCUGCAAAGGCAGCAAAAGCUACCACAGGGGUUUUCCGUGGAGAAAUUCAAGCGUAGCUGCGGACUCGCUUUCAAAGUGCGAUGGUUUGCGAGAUUCGUCGGUUCGUACGCUUUCCAGCGUAACGCAUGGAGACUCCUGGUAUGCCUUGCCGCGAUUUUCUUCGUUUGGUACAAAUGGGGCCAGGGAUCGGGCGAGGAAGAAGAGUGGUGAAUCUACCAACUUUGAUAGGUGACUAUAAAACUCUCUUAUACAGCAUGGGACUAAUAUAAUGCUCCUGACAAUGUUAUAAACAAUGUAUAUACGCAAAUUUCUUCCUUCUAGAACAAGGUGGUGGAUCGUCAAAGCUCUAAGAUAUGAUAUAUCCAAUCAGACAGAGAAACUCUAGCUGCUGUUACUCUAUACGUGUAACAAUGAUAAUAGCUGGUCUUGUAAACAA